AUGUCUACUUUCUCCUUCAGAUUUCUGCUACCAGCUACAAACGAUCCUUAUGCUUGGGGAACGAUCUUGGCAUCUUGUUCGACAGCUGCUAUAGCGAUUUACUAUUACAACAGUUGUCAACAUACUAAGAAGCAAAGUUCCGUCGACGAUGAACUCGUCGUGAAGUUACUUUCUAUUGAACAGGUUUUGGCAAUGGGUGGCGGUGGGGACAAUGCAAUGUCAACCUUGACUUGGUUCAAAAUGACAGACUCAGGGGACAACCUUGACAAAACCAAGCAGAUACUACAAGAUCGGUUCCACCAAAUAAUCAAAGCAAAUCCUUGGAUGAUAGGAAGGAUCUUGAAACGAAAUGGCGAGCACUCCUUGGUGUAUCCCAAACAGUUGUGGGACGAUACAAAGGAUGGCUCCAUGAGCGAAUACUUUGGGUGUCUUCAUAAUGAUGAUGGCAGCGUUGGUAUUUCACCUGGCACGCCGUAUGAUCAACUAGGUUCGAGGCUGUCACAUCUCAUGUUAAAAAACGGUCCAAAUGAAGCACUGUGUCGUGUAACGAUUCUUCCCUCAAGGUCUGAUAAGCGACAAUAUUUUGCGGUAGUGUUUACGAUGUCUCAUGUCAUUGCAGAUGGGGCGACGUUUUUCAAAAUGAACAACAUGUUGUUGAAUGUCCAAGAAGACAUUGUUUCAUUGGAUCCACAACGGAUCAUGAGCACAGAGCAACAGCAAAUCCAAGUCAUGGGUGGUGAACCAGAAUACAAAAUCCUACAAUCGGGUGGAUUCAUUGCAAACAUGGUCUUGGGUGUGUUCACAACCCUUUUGAAGCCAAGCAAAAAAGCAUCCGCCAGGUUUUAUCUUGUGAACCAGGAUGGCAUGAAAGACGAAAAAGAAAAGCACCAAUACGACACCACAAGUACACCCAAAAAACAGUUUGUAUCGACAAAUGAUGUCUUGUCUAGUUGGUUCUUUCAAAAUUCAACUUGUAAACAUGGGUUGAUGGCACUAAACUGGCGUGGACGAUUACCAGGACAUACCGAUAUGCUCGCAGGGAACUAUGAAAAUGUCUUGUUCUAUCGUCCUUGUGACUCGAAGACACCCGACUUGAUACGAAAGUCGUUGACAGAAAAGAAGAAUCAAGGGCAAGUACUGCAAUAUCGACGUCAGGUCACACACGAUGAACCAAUGCCUGGGUUUUGGGGUAUGGCGUCAGGUUCGAUUGCGUUGGCAACAAAUUGGGCGUCUUUCUCGAAACUCUCUUCCAUUCCCGGUUGGCAAGAGGAAAUACAAAUCCCACUCUACGAUACAUCCAAGCUGUUGCCAUCGACAUUGGCUAUCAUGCUGAUCUUCCGUGCCGGACCUCACGGAACGGGUAUAAUGGUUGCCGGAAGCCCCGAAAAACUAGCCAAUUUAGAGAACACAGUUCCCUUUUUGUCGAAAGAGCCUCUUUGA